GGGAUUCACACUUGUUCAGUUGAAGACAGUGCAAAAUGAAGACCUAUAUCGUGCUAAUUGUUCUUUCAUUGGCUUGUGGAAGUUAUGCUGCAAGUGUAAAAGCAUUAAGAGAUUUAAUUACCCCUAAAAGCGAUGCAGCAGUGCAAAUUUGUGGAAAUGGUUACGGCGCAAAAUGUUUUGAUUGUUCUACAAUGUUGACGUGUCUUGGACCCACGAUAACUCCUGUACACACCACAUGUCCUUCAGAUAAGCCUUAUUGCGAUAUAAGCCGAAAUAUUUGUACAUCACUUCCACCAGUUGGACAAGACUGCGAUGUUCCCUACACAAAGACCUAUCUUUGCAUGACCUCCCCUGAUGGUUUCUACCCUCAUCCUUACGAUUGCGAAAGAUUCUUUGAGUGCUACAGAGGUGAAUUGUACGAACACUUUUGCUCGCCAGGCUAUGUUUGGUCAACCAAAGGAAUGGAAUGUAAACGGCUGACAUCCCAUUCGCAAGACUGUGGAUUAAUCCAAUGUACAGAAGAAGGUGAUGCUCCACUGUCCAAUAAUCCCAACUUCUUCGGAAUUUGCCCACAAAAUGGCAAUAUGAUCGACAUUUUGGUUCAAAAAUGUGAUGGAAUUAGUAUUUUCCGUCCAGAGAGUGGAUGUACAAUUGAAUGCCCCUCUGAAGGGCUAUUUCCAAUGUCCGACAACAGCCCAACAUACAUUCGAUGCUACACAAAUGGACAUGAGUUAGUUUAUGAUUUGCUCGAAUGCUAUGGAGAUCGUAUCUUUGAUGCAGAUAAGAAAGUCUGUGUUGAAAGAUCAUAAAUUGCUGUUAAACAUGCCAGCAUCGAGCUUUUUAUGGAAAGUUAUGAGUGCGUUGGGUGAGAUCUAGUCUUUUGUAGAACAUAUGUAGCAAAAAGUCAGAAUCAAAUAAAUAUUUAAAAUAAACUGAUUCUGUAGUACUUUUUUGAAUUCUUUUUUUUUUCUUCUCUCCCUGAGAUAACAUAAAAUAAUCUAUAUAGACCAGACAAGCGUAUAAAGAAGGAAUUAUCAAAAAGAUUUGAUUGAAGAACAUUCUAUCUGUGAUUUACUGAUAAACCAACAAGUUCGUAGAUAAAGAAUGAUUUCCAAGAAUUUUUAUUUUUUUUAUAAGAGCUCAAAAAUGUUUUUUUAGGUUAAUAUUGCUGACCAAUUUAGAAAAAUUCACGAAAUUAUCUUAACAAUCAAUCAAUGUCUGAGUAAAUAUUUAUAAGAAUUUGGUCAAACAUUAAAUCAAUAAAUAAUCACAAAAAAGAGAGAUAAUAUUGCGCGAGAUGGUAUAAAAGAUGAUUUCCCAGCAUAGGUAGACUACAGUUUCUCAUGAAAAGUUCAAAAAAUAAGUGUUACAAAAUGGAAUUGUUCAAAGUGGCAUCAAUUUUAGCUUUACUUGGAGACUUUCAAAGCUGUUCUAUGCUUGUAGCAGCCACUCCUUUACAGUCUGCAGACAAUACUCUGAAUUUUCCUGCUGUGGUAAGUCAGUGAAAAUUUUUAGAAGAUUUUGUUAAAGAAUAUAAAUUAAUGAAAACCCUUAUAUUAGAAUGAACCAGAUGAUGAGGAAGUUAUGCAGAUCUUAUGCAUGCAAAUGGGUUUCUUCCCUCAUCCAACUGACUGCAAUCAAUUCUUUGAGUGCUACACCGGUCAUCCUGCUUUCAAGUAUCGCUGCCCCCCAAAUUAUGUUUGGGCAAUGGAUGGAAUGAAGUGUAAACUCAUGAAGAGAUUAGAAGACUGUGGGACACUUCAGUGUGAACCAAGAGAUUUUGUUGCACCCUUAUCCAACAACCCGAGGUAUUAUGGGAUAUGCCGUGGUGGUGGAAUGAACGUAAUUGCAAUGUAUAGUUGUCCGGAGAACUUCAUUUUUAUACGAAGACAAGGUUGUACAUUUAUCUGUCCUUCCGAAGGACUAUUUCAAAGUGGUUAUUGGAUAGAUGGAGCAAUUUACUAUCGGUGUUACACAAAUGGAAAAGAGUUAAUAUAUAUAAAAGAGGAAUGUACCGCAAAUCGUAUUUUUGAUGAAAAAGAACAAAGAUGUGUACCGCAUCCAGAAUCUUCGGUUUCAUAGAAAGAGAAAAUUCCCGAAGAAACAUUUGAGGCACCUGAGGAAUAUUUAUUGUUAAAAACAUGAUACUUUGAAAAUUUAAACUGAACUGGACAAAUUAAUCCUUUACGUGGCUUCCCUGCCGAAGAAAAAAUUCUAUUAUAGAGAUAAAAGUCAAGAAAUAAACCAAAUAAUAAAAAUAAAAAGGCGUUUUCUCUAUCCUGAUAAAAAUAUAGAUAAUCUGAUUAUUUCUCAAUACAUAAAGCAUAAAAAUGGUUAUAAAAGAAUCAAAGUUAUUACAAGAUUUUGACAAAAUGCGUCAAUACAAUAAAAGAAAACAGAUAGCGUCUUAUUGAUCUUGCCAUGUAUAAAAGAGAGUUUUUUCAGAAAGGUGCAGCACAGUUUCUUGCAAAGUGUUGUGAAAUUCUUUUGAAAAUCUUGAAAAUGAAGUGGUUGAAAGUUCUUCUUUUCUCAUUUGUAAGUUUAUUGAAAACAUUUUUUUGAGUUAAAUAAUUACAGGAUGUUCAUUUGUCUUUUGAUAAAUAUAGGUAUGUUGUGGCUAUGCUGCUUUUGCAGAAAAUUCUUCUUUGUAUUAUGCUGAAAAUCUUAGAGAACUUUGCGGUCCUAAUUAUGGACUUAAAUGCUACAGUUGCUCACAAAUGGCGGUUUGUCUUGGGCCUGAUAUGGAGCCUCAAUUGGCCACAUGUGGUCCAGAUAAACGAUAUUGCGAUAGAAAAACUGCUUUUUGUAUAUCAGAGCAGCCAGAUGAACCAGAAUGUGAUAAUCUUCCUACAUUGGACUACUCAUGCCCAGACCUUGAUGGUUUCUACCCUCAUCCCACAGACUGUUCUCAAUACUUUGAGUGCAUUAAUCAGAAAGCCUUCAUCCACAACUGCCCACCUGGCUAUGCGUGGGAUACUCAAGGAAUGAGAUGCAAGCAAAAGAGAACAGCAAGUGAUUGUGGUGUGAUCAACUGCAAAUAUACAGACACUUCAGUUCCUUUGUCCAACAAUGCCACAUUUUACGGACUUUGCCAUUGGAAUAACAAUUUCGAUAAAAUAGCAGUAAGACAGUGCCCAGGAAGAAUGAUUCACAUUGCCAAUCAGGGAUGUGUCUUUGUCUGUCCUUCUGAAGGAGUAUUUAAGGAUGAUGAAGAUGCGGGUUACUACUACGAAUGCUACUACUAUGGAGGAAAAUUGGUGCAUGAUAGAAAGAGAUGCGUCCUGCAUCGUCUUGAGAAUCGUCGAUUUGAUGAGAAUCUUCAGCGAUGUGUUUAGUACGUUGUUCUGACUAAAACCCUUUUUGCUGAAGAAAAGUUACCCUCAAGAAAAAUUUCUAUGAACUUGAAAAGAGUUUAAACAUCAAAAGCUUACCUCAAAGGCCUCAAUGAAUUAAAAAAAAUCUUUGUAAUUAUUUAAACAAUCAUAUUAGGCUUGAAGGGAUUGAAGCAACGCAUUUUUAAUUGAAUAUUUUUUUUAUUGCUGAAAUAUUUAUUGAAUAUCCGAAAUAAAAGAGUUCUCUUUUGUCCUUGAAUAAAA